AUCAAUUUUCCGGUCGAUCGUUUCUAUUAUAUAUGUAUUGAGUGUUUGUUGCGUUGAAAUUCCGUGGGUCAGUUGUAUAUGUUUAUGCAAUACAUGACAAAUUCAAAGCAAUACAUUACCAUUCACAGUCACAAGUAUCGGAUCUCGUUUAAACAUAGGAUCUCUUCUCCCCAUGCACAUUAUAUAUUCCGAGUUGAGGAAAAAAAAAAGUGUGCUAAUAUGUCUUCCGACGACCCCCUCGGCAGCCUGGGCUUCAGGCGCAACCCCGACGGUUCCGUGAGCCGCGCGAUCGAGAUGGCAAAAACGCCGGCGUCGGCCGACCCCAACGCCGCGGCGCCGGUCCUCUCCAAGGACGUCCCUCUGAACCCUUCCACCAACACCUCCCUCCGCCUCUUCCUCCCUCGAACAACCCUCGACCCGGCCACCACGGGGCCCACCUUACUCCCCCUCAUAAUCUACGCCCACGGCGGCGGCUUCAUCAUCCUCAGCGCCGCCUCCGCCGUCUGCCACCACUUCUGCUCCACCCUCGCCCUCUCCACCCCGGCCGUGGUGGCCUCCGUGGAGUACCGGCUGGCCCCGGAGCACCGCCUCCCCGCCGCCUACGAGGACUGCAUGCAAGCCCUCUCGUGGGCCAGGACCACCACCGACGACUGGAUCGUGAACUACGCCGACCGGUCGUGCUGCUACCUCAUGGGCACGAGCGCCGGCGGCAACAUCGCGCUCCACGUGGCCCUCCACGCCGAUGAUCUGAUCAAGGGGCUUAUCCUGCACCAGCCCUUCUUCGGCGGCGUGGAGAGGACGGCGUCGGAGAUGAGGCUGGCCGACAACAAGAUCCUUCCCAUUCAGGCGACCGAUUUGAUGUGGGAGAUGGCGCUGCCGGCGGGCGCCGACAGAGACCACGAGUACUGUAAUCCGAUGAGGAGGAAGGGGUUGGAUGUGAUUAAGGAGAAGGGGUGGAAGGUGGCGGCGACGAGCUGCGGCGGAGAUCCGCUGGUUGAUCGGCAGAAGGAGGUGGAGAAGGCGUUGGAGGGGAAGGGUGUGGCGGUGGUGUCCAAGUAUGUGGACGGCGAAUAUCAUGGCUACGAUCUGUUGGAGCCUUCUAAAGCUGAACUAAUCAUGUCUGCUGUAAAGGAGACUAUCCAACUUUCCACUACCAACUAAUUUC